AUGGGUAAUCCGGGAUGUGGGAAAACUACAGUUGGGAAGAUACUGGGAGAGAAGCUAAACAGAACUGUUAUAGAUGUUGAUGAUGAUGUUCUAGAACCAACAUGGAGAAUGUCAGUUUCUGAAAAACUAUUUGAUGUCGGAGGUGAGAGAUUUCUGGAAGAAGAAGGCCAGGCAUUGUGCAAUUUCCCGACUCCAACGAAAUCAGUGAUCAGUUUAUCAGGCUCGAACCCUCUGCACCAAAAAGCAAUGCGUCAUACUAAACAGAACGGGGUCAUGAUCUUUCUGGAUGUGCCACAGACGGACAUUUUGGAUCGAUUAGAAAAAAUGAAAGUGGAUCGUAUUGUUGGACAGGAGGCGGGUAUAGGUAUGGCUGAGAUUCUCAACUAUCGUCAAUCAUUUUAUGAAAAGCAGCAUGACAUUCGAGUGACUUGCUGUUCGGGUGAUACUCCUGAGAUCAUAGCUAGCAAACUGUUAUCAGCAUUAAAAAACGUACACAACGAUCCCGGGUAUGUGUCGACUAGAGGCAGCGAUUGUGACCAGCCAUCCACAUUUCUUGAUACAGUACUGCAAGGACUUGCCAAGGACGGUGGACUGUUCGUGAGGUCAACCGAACUUCCGACUAUGCCGCGAUAUGAACAGCAAAGACUUAUAGACAUGAACUACAGCGAUCGGGCUCUGAGAAUUCUUCAUCGAUGGAUAAACCCGCUGGAGAUUCCAGGUGGCCAGCUUAGAGACUUUGUGCUUAAAGCAUACUCAAAAGAAGCUUUCCAAGAUGCUCACGUGGCACCAGUUCGACAUUUGGAGAAAAACCAGUACCUGCUCGAACUGUUUCACGGCCCAACAGCUUCUUUCAAGGAUUAUGCUCUUCAACUGAUGCCUCAGUUAUUCUCUAAAGCAGUUCGAAACAACGACAAACAUUCUAAAUACCUGAUAUUGGUAGCAACUUCCGGUGACACAGGUGGCGCUGUUCUUGAUGGUUUCAGAAGACAUUCGGGUACAGUAUUUAAUGAUACAGGGGUCAUUGUGUUGUAUCCAUUGUCUGGCAUCAGUGAGUUACAGAAACAUCAAAUGACAACAAUGGAUGGUCGCAACAUCAGCGUUGUUGGUGUGAACAGCAACUUUGAUUUCUGCCAGUCGACUAUUAAACAAAUUUUUAAUGAUAUAGAAUUUAACAAAACGAUGAAAGAACAAUUCAACACAAAACUCAGUGCGGCCAACUCAUUAAACUGGGGAAGGCUGAUACCACAGAUUGUUUACCAUGCAUCCGGGUAUUUAGAUCUAGUCAAACAACGAGUUAUUGCCCUUGGUGAUGAAAUUGAUAUCUGUGUCCCGACUGGUAAUUUUGGUAAUAUUUUAGCCGCCUAUUACGUUAAGAUGAUGGGGUUUCCUAUUAGAAAACUUAUCUGUGCGUCCAACUCGAAUGAUGUGUUAACAGAAUUUUUUAUCACUGGGUGUUAUAAUCUGAGAUCUCGACAUCUGCUGAAGACCAGUUCUCCUGCUAUAGAUAUACUGAAAUCAUCCAACUUAGAGAGACUGCUAUAUCACACCAGUGGUAAUAAUGGAGAGCUCAUCAAGAACUUAUACCAAGAUCUUCAAGACCACAAUCAUUUCAGUGUUUCAGAAGAGCAUUUAAGAAAGUUACAAAGUAUGUUUGUGGUAGGAUCGUGUUCAGAAGAGGAGUGUAAAUCUACCAUCGUACAAACCUUGAAAAAUACAGGUUAUUUACUGGAUCCGCAUACCGCAGUGGCGAAAACAGUAGCAGAUCGUUACACUUCCGACGUACCCACUCUUAUUACUGCUACAGCACAUUACGGCAAAUUUGGUGAUUCCAUGUUACCAUGGGUAGAUCGUCAUUGUGUUUCAGACUACACAUCAGAGGUGGUGUUGAAUCGUUUGAAUGAUAUGUCAAGCCACCCACCCUUGCAUCUAGGCUUAAAGGACAUGUGCCAGAAACCAAUCACCCAUACAGUUCAGUGUCAACCGGAUAUACAGGAUAUCACAAAGUAUGUUGUUGACAUUGCACGUAAAAUGUGA